ACUGUUAGUAUUGUGCACUUAGUUACUAGAUUAGGCUUGUUUCUUCAUCAAGAAAAGAACUAGGACAGUAUGGCAGCAGGAUACUGUGAUCUUUCUCAAAGAUACUCAGGUUUAAACAUUGGUCCUCCUGAAACACCAUGUUUGACUAAAGUUGAAAUUAGAGUUCAGUGUCAUCAUCUACAAAACCGAGAUCUAAUGUCUAAAUCCGAUCCAAUGGUUGUUUUGUUCAUGCAGGAAGGAGAAAAAUGGGUUCAGAAGGGACGUACUGAAAAUGUGAAGAACAGUUUGGAUCCAGAAUUUAGUAAAACAUUUGAUUUGGACUAUUUCUUUGAAGAAGUACAGAACCUUCGAUUUGAAGUGUUUGAUAUUGAUAAUUCUACUCCUGAACUUUCAGACGACGAUUUUCUUGGUGUAAUUAAUUGUACCUUAGGACAGGUUGUAGCUUCAAGUCCUUUUACCAAAGCUCUUCUCUCGAGAUCAGGAAACAGACUGGGAAAAAGUACAAUAACAGUUACUGCUGAAGAGGUAGACACUUUUAGCAAAGAUGUGCUUGUUCUAUCUUUUAGAGCUGAAAAUCUUGAUAAAAAGGAUUUUCUUGGGAAGUCGGAUCCUUUUCUGGAAAUUAAAAGACAGUUACCUGAUGGUAGCUGGUUACUUGUUCAUCGUACAGAGGUGAUAAAACACACUCUAAAUCCUGUCUGGAAAAAGUUUGAUAUUGCAGCAAAAUCAUUUGGUGGAAAUAACCCAGAAAUUCCUAUGUUGCUAGUUUGUUAUGAUCAUGACGAUGAUGGAGGCCAUGACAUGAUUGGAGAGUGUAGAACAACAUUGGGACAAAUAAUGCAGGCACAGAAUCAACAAGUAUCGUGGCCAUGCAUCAACAUGAAGAAAAAACAGAAGAAAGGGAACUCGUAUACAAAUUCUGGAACAAUUAUACUUAGUUCCUGUCAAGUUACGAAAGACUACAGCUUCUUAGACUACAUCUUUGGUGGAACACAGAUUAACUUCACUGUUGCUGUUGACUUCACUGCCUCUAAUGGCGACCCACGAGACCCAAACUCCCUUCAUCACAUCGAUCCCAUUCAUCACAACGAAUAUAUGAAAGCAAUUUGGGCUGUUGGCAAUGUUAUACAAGAUUAUGAUAGCGAUAAAAUGUUUCCAGCUCUUGGUUUUGGUGCAAAGAUUCCUCCUAACUGGCAGGUUUCUCAUGAAUUUCCUCUGAAUUUCAACAUUAAUAACCCAUUUUGUUCAGGUGUGCAUGGACUUGUUGAAGCUUAUCGGAAUUGUCUUCCUCAAGUCAAGCUGUAUGGGCCAACCAAUAUAGCUCCUAUUAUAAAUCAUACUGCUUGUCUUACCCAGCAAACAAUGCAACAGCAAGCCCAGCAAACCAUGCAACAGCAGGUUCCUAAUAGCUACUUCAUUCUUCUGAUUUUGACUGAUGGAGUAAUCACCGAUAUGGAUGAGACUAGACAAGCCAUUGUUGCUGCCUCCCACUUACCCAUGUCAAUCAUAAUCAUUGGUGUUGGAAGAGCAGACUUUUCUGCAAUGAAUUUCUUGGAUGGUGAUGAUGGAGCAUUAAGGGCACCAGAUGGCCGACCUGUACUCAGGGAUAUUGUACAGUUUGUACCUUUUUACAAGUAUGAACAGGGUCCACCCAGUUUACUUGCUAAAGAAGUUCUUGCAGAGGUUCCAAGCCAGGUUGUUCAAUUUUACAAGAUGCUCGACAUUCCUCCAAAUCCACCACGGCAGAAAACACAGAUGUUGAACUGAAAGCACAGAAGUUGAUAAAAAUACCACAGAUUCUUUGCUGCUAAUUAGUGUUUCAACUUAAAAAUGUGAUGAUGCUUUUUUUUUCUAAUAACUUUUAUAAAAUGUUCUUAAAAAUUAUUGAAUCGACUUACUGACAGUUGUAACAGCCACAUUUAUAUUACUAGUAAACUUCAUAUUUUUAUAUUGAAUACUUCAUUAGCAUUUAUUAAUAUCUAAUGUUCGUUUUUAUACACAAUCCUUUUAAUGAACAUGUGGUUUAAUCAUAUUUAGUUAUUGUUCUGUAAUGUUUCAUUACAGUACUCAAAGAAAAAUGUAAUUAUUAUUCUGUGAAGUAUGACAGUGAUUCAUUGAAACUGUUGAUUAUUUCUUUACAGCUAUGCUACUUAAGCUUAAUCUCAGAAUUGUCUUUAUAUUUCACUUUUUGUCAUUUAUUAUAUGUUUGUAAAAUGCUAUAGAUGAAGUAUUUAAUAUGAACAUUCAGUUUAGCAGAAUGAAAGAUAUUUCAUAUUGUUUUUUACUUUACUAACCUUAGAUACUGACAUUUUUUAAGUCUUUUGUUAUAGCUUAACCUGCCCUA